GGGUGACAUCACCGCCGCCGCCGAGCACCGAGCGCUUCGGGCGGGCGGCGGAGGCUGCGGGUCCAGGCUCUGCUGCCGCUGCCCCCCCCGCCCUGUUCCUCCCCCUUCCCCACCCCCCGGCGGCCUUUCUGCUUCUUGAUUUUUUUUUCUUUUUCCUCCUCUUUUUCUCUCUCCUCCCGCCGCCCGCGGAGCUCGCUCAGCCCCUCCGCGACAUCCCGCAUGAUUGUCCCCAAGGACCGAGGAGAACCCACGGUUCCCUGAGCCCCUCAACCAUCUCAGGGUGUCAGGAGGCACCCGCCAAGCCCACGGAGAAGAGCAGGGCAGAGCUCUUGUCGAGUCAAUGAGAGACCUGCUCAAGUCUAGCGUGCUGGGAAGCAAGCACGGCAGCCUGAUGUCAUGGCGCCCGCAGUACCGCAGCUCCAAGUUUCGAAACGUCUAUGGGAAGGUGGCGAGCCGGGAGCACUGCUUCGACGGCAUCCCCAUCACCAAGAAUGUCCACGACAACCACUUCUGCGCUGUCAAUGCCCGCUUCCUUGCCAUCGUGACAGAGAGUGCCGGCGGCGGCUCCUUCCUUGUCAUCCCCCUCGAGCAGACAGGCCGAAUCGAACCCAACUACCCCAAAGUCUGUGGUCACCAGGGCAACGUGCUGGACAUCAAGUGGAAUCCCUUCAUUGAGAACAUCAUUGCAUCAUGCUCCGAAGACACCUCGGUUCGGAUCUGGGAGAUCCCCGAGGGCGGUCUGAAGAGGAACAUGACGGAGGCAGUGCUGGAGCUGUAUGGGCACAGCCGGCGUGUCGGCCUCGUUGAGUGGCAUCCCACCACCAACAACAUCCUCUUCAGUGCUGGCUACGACUAUAAGGUCCUCAUCUGGAACCUGGACAUCGGGGAGCCAGUGAAGAUGAUCGAUUGCCACACGGACGUCAUCCUCUGCAUGUCCUUCAACAUGGACGGCAGCCUCCUGGCCACCACCUGCAAGGACAAGAAGCUGCGGGUGGUAGAGCCGCGCUCGGGCAGGGUCCUGCAGGAGGCGAGCUGCAAGAACCACCGCGUCAACCGUGUGGUGUUCCUGGGCAGCACGAAGCGGCUGCUGACGACGGGGGUGUCGCGCUGGAACACACGGCAGAUCGCUCUCUGGGACCAGGAAGAUCUGUCCAUGCCCCUGAUAGAGGAGGAGAUCGAUGGACUCUCGGGUCUCCUCUUCCCAUUCUACGAUGCUGACACACACAUGCUGUACCUGGCUGGCAAGGGCGACGGCAACAUUCGUUACUACGAGAUCGGCUCGGAAAAGCCCUACUUGAGUUACCUGAUGGAGUUUCGCUCCCCAGCUCCGCAAAAAGGACUGGGGGUGAUGCCGAAGCAUGGGCUGGAUGUGUCAGCCUGCGAGGUCUUUCGGUUCUACAAGCUCGUGACCCUCAAGGGGCUGAUUGAACCCAUCUCCAUGAUCGUACCCAGGAGGUCAGAAACGUACCAGGAGGACAUUUACCCCAUGACGCCGGGCACAGAGCCGGCCCUGACGCCCGAUGAGUGGCUGAGCGGGGUGAACAGAGAUCCCAUCCUGAUGUCACUGAAGGAGGGCUACAAGAAGACAUCCAAAAUUGUCUUUAAGGCACCGGUGAGGGAGAAGAAGAGCGUCGUGGUUAAUGGCAUAGACCUGCUGGAGAAUGUGCCGCCCCGGACGGAGAACGAGCUCCUUCGGAUGUUCUUCCGACAGCAGGAUGAGAUCCGGCGGCUGAAGGACGAGCUCUCGCAGAAAGACAUACGAAUCCGGCAGCUGCAUCUGGAGUUGAAAAACCUGCGUAACAGCCCGAAGAAUAAUUAACUUCCAGGGACAUUUUAUAAAUAAACUUUCUUUGUUUAUACUCGCUCUUUAAUUUUAUUGUAUCCACUUACACAGAAUAUGAGCCAGAAGCCAAGUGACCUGCCAAGAGCCCACUCGCUAACUGGAAACACGUCCUUCUCGUCUCGUCUAGCGCUAAAACCAUGAUAACCGACAGCUACUGCAUGAGAGGCGGCUGGGGCAUCCUCUGUGCACCCCGGCGAUGGGCUUGGAGUAAGUAGCCAAGCCGGGUCCCCUCUGAUGGGACAACCUGGCAUGGAGGAGCUGCGGCAGCUGCUCCCCGGGAAAGCGUCAUGCUUCAUUGCUAUUAAUUUGUUUUUUUCCUAUGCAAAAAUGUGACAGUGGGUGCGGAACUGGGAAAGGGCUUAAUUCACAAGAGCUGCCUGGGCAGCAGCUCAGGACCUUCCCGUGGAGCUGCCGUGGCACUGGCAGGAGCAGCCGGUGACCAUCCCGGGCACAGCCCGGGUGGAGAUGCUCCACGUGUGUGUGUGUGCAUCCCUGCACACACCUACAGCCUGGUUUCCCAAACAGAGAGGGAUAUUUGCUCCCUCCACCUCAGUGCAGAGGGACAUGUCCUCCUGGCGCUGGGACACCCACAGGGAGGGGGACGAUCCACCUGCUCGCCCCAGGGAUGGACCCCACAGGCACUCGAUGGGUUCGGUAUAUAUGUACAAUCAUGUUGGGUUUUUUUGUGGAUUAGGCCUGUAGCACAGGGAACAACACCAAAUACUGCUAGUUCACCUAUAUGUAUAUAUAUAUAUUUUCACUAAAUCGAGUUGCUGAACUGCCCAGCACUCCCUGUGCAACAGUUUCCCCUCUCUGUUAAUUUACCUUACGCACCCACUGCUGCCUCCCCCUUUACCUUACAUGUGCUGUCAUUGCCUCUUAUUUAUGCUACCAUGGAAUAGUGAUGAAAUAAAAUGUUUUCAAGAUACCAAAA